GACAUUAGAUUCAAGAUGGCGACCCCCUUGUGUCAGUGCUACCAGAUAUGUGUGAGGAGAGGCUUGGUGGCAUUCCCUUCCCCCUCCCUGAUACUUCACAACAGACCCGAUGUCUACAGGAUACGAGGGUUCCUCGCGUGCUCUUCACAGGUUUCUCGGUCGCCUCUUCUGCAGGUAAGGUAUUUGUCCGGGGAGAGAGGUGGUGGAAGAAAAGGUUUCCUGGGGGAGUUUCUGGACAACCUGAAGCAGGAGCUAAACAAGAACAAGGAAAUGAAAGAAAACAUCAGAAAGUUCCGGGAAGAAGCCAAAAAACUGGAGGAGUCAGAUGCAUUGAAACAAGCCCGAAGGAAAUAUAAAACUAUAGAGUCUGAAACAGUGAAGACCUCCGAAGUUUUCAAGAAGAAGUUGGAAAACAUCUCUGAGACAGUUAAAGAGGGGCUAGGGGAGGUCAGUCGAACAGAAAUUGGGAAGAAAAUCAAGGAGGGAAUGGAAGAAGCAGCCAAAACAGCUAAGACCUCAGCUGAGAGUGUCUCUAAGAGUGGAGAGAUGCUGGGGAAGACCGGUGCGUUCAGAGCAAUAUCACAGGGCAUGGAGAGUGUGAAGAAAGAGAUUGGAGACCUGGGUCACACUGGCCCUUAUCGGCCUCCUGCCAGACUCAGGAAGAGGAGUGAGUUCUCCUCCAAGGGUGCAGGGGAUGACAGCAAGGUCUUCGAAGCCAACGAGGAAGCUAUGGGUGUGGUGCUUCACAAAGACUCAAAAUGGUACCAGCAAUGGAAGGACUUCAAAGACAACAACGUGGUCUUCAACAGGUUCUUUGAGAUGAAGAUGAAGUAUGAUGAGAGUGACAACGCCCUCAUCAGAGCAUCUCGUGCUGUCACAGAUAAGAUGACUGACCUCAUAGGUGGGAUGUUUUCUAAGACGGAGAUGUCCGAGGUCCUGACAGAGAUUUUGAAGGUGGACCCGUCCUUUGAUAAAGAUUCUUUCCUCAAGCAGUGUGAACGAGAUAUCAUCCCCAAUAUACUGGAGGCGAUGAUCAGAGGGGAACUGGAAGUGCUGAAGGAUUGGUGUUAUGAAGCGACAUACAGCCAGCUGGCACACCCAAUUCAGCAAGCCAAGGCCAUGGGACUUCAGUUCCACUCUAAGAUCCUGGACAUUGACAAUAUUGAUUUGGCCAUGGGGAAGAUGAUGGACCAGGGUCCAGUGCUGAUUAUCACCUUCCAGGCUCAGUUAGUCAUGGUGAUCCGAAACACCAAAGGAGAGGUGGUGGAGGGAGACCCCGACAAAGUGCUCAGGAUGAUGUAUGUGUGGGCCCUGUGUCGAGACCAGGAGGAGCUCAACCCAUACGCUGCCUGGAGACUACUUGACAUCUCCGCCUCUAGCACAGAACAGAUCCUCUAAGACUCUUUGGUACGCACAAAACACUCUCAGCCCGGGAGAGAACAUAGUGUACCUGAACAGCCAUGGAACUGGCUGGGAAGAAAGGAGGACAGGAGGAUGGCACGUGGAGAUGAGGGGGCAUGGUCCGUCACAACAGAAAUAUUGUGGAGUAGUGUUGCUAAACGCUAGGUCACGUUCUCAUUUUACUACACUGGCUCUGGAUUCAGUCACUGCAGUCCCUGUUUUCCUCUUUGAAUCCCUGACAGUUAUUUCUAACCAUUCCUUUGGCUCACACUAGGGGGCGGUAGACCACCAACAAGUCUUAUCCACUGUACUUAGUGCAGCGCCUGUGUGGCUGUCCAAUUGAACUGAAAGUUGGCAUUUAAGGGAUAAAUGGAGUUAUUUAAUUGUUGCACUCUUUUGUUGUGAAUAUGAGAAAAUGAAAUCAAGGGAGCUAAUUUGUAACCAAGCCCUUGAACAUCAGGUUGGUGUCAGCAUCUCAAUAGUCUCAGAAGUCUCUGCCACCGUCCUCUGUCCCAGCAGUCCCUCAAACUCGCUCUCUUCCUCUCUGAGGCGUCAUUAUCUCGGCAGUUGGUGGUGUUGUGGCCAAUCAGUGCUCUCUUAGAUCCUCGUUUGUACAAUAAUAAUCCGAUGUAAUUGUUAAACUUUUGAGAAAAUCUAUAUUUAUUAUGAAAAUAAAGAUGACCCGUUUUUCACUCUAGCAGACAUUUUUGAAAAUAAAUUUCUAUCAAAAUGUUUUACCUUCUGCCCUGCAAAUGAUUAAUCUUCUCUUCUGACCUGGAGGAUAUUAUGUGAUUCCUUGUAGGGCAGCUGCUAAUUAUUUUUUGAAUUAAAUCCUCAAGUGGGAUUUCAGUGUUUGCUAUAAUAUUUCCUUCGGGAAAAAUGCUCCUUCUGUGGAUUUUUUUUCUUACAGUUGCAUUUUCAGAGCAGAGCUAGAGCACUCAUUUGCUUUGAGUGAAAUUUAGCUGCCUUUGUAAACCCGAUUGUUGUCAGUAUGAUGAUUUUGACAGCUUUCUCGGUGUGGGGGACACACAGGAACACAAAGAUCAUCUUUUACCCAGACAUAAUUAGAUUAAAAGUAUGAUUUAUCUUUACCUCAGUGUAUCUUCAGCUUUCAGACCCUACAUUAACACUACGUGCCAUCAUACAGUUCUGUUCGCAGCUGUCAGAUGACAUAGCCUAUGACCUUCAUUGUUGUGGACGAUUAUAAGUCACUGCUACAUGUGUUUGAUGUGCCAUGUCGUUUUUUUUUACAUGCCAGAGCAAUAUGGCCCAUAAUCAACAACCCAAACCUCUUCUCUUGGACGAAACAGUGGUGGGUGCAAAGGCUAACUGGCAUACCCAUUUCACCAAAUGUCACCAAUAAUCUCUCAGAUUUGUCAUCACAUGAUGGGGUCACUGUCUGCAUGUGUUUGAUCCUCUGACGGCUGUGUGGGAAAAUACUGCUCCACCUAUAGUGUGAUAGCAAGGACAGAUACACCACAUAACCACCUAUCUUCUGCGCAGAUUAAAUUGUGUUAUUUUGUGUUGGAAACCUGUUUACCUCUGAUUUGUUGCAGGCAAAGUUUCUAUAGGGUCAGAGAAUGUAGGUUUCAAACAAAGCUGCGUCACAUUGAGCCUUUUUCUCUUAUCUAUAGCUUCAUUUUCCUUCUAAGCAUUCUUCCCAUUUCCACUCUGUAAGAUGUCAUCACCUCAA